AUGGCUGGCCGUGUGCUGUUGGUGUGUGCCCUCUGCGUGCUGUGCUGCUGCGGCGGCGGUGUCGGUGCGUGGGGCGGCGGCUACUGCACGGAGAGUGACUGGAGGGACCUGAGGACGGUCACGAGGGACAUGAGCGAGGCGGAGAUUGAGGGGAAGUACUGUGGCCGCAAGCCGGAGUUUGUGCAGCGGUUGCGGGCGAGUCUGCAGGCAGAGAGUGAACAACGUCAGGCUGAGAAUCAGGCUCAAAAAAAUGAUGAGAAGGCAAGCAGUGCCAGCGACCCCAAGGAAAAAGUUUCACAAGUAAGUCAACAACUGGGGCAGGAUGCCUCUACUGUAUCCACAAAACUGGAAACUGAUAACUUACCGCUAAAUCCAUCGGGAGAGACAGGCGGAGCAAAAACUUCAAAUCCGGAUGAAGUGCCAGCAGCGUCAAAUGGAAAGAAAGAGGCUAACUUACAGUCAGGUGGCAGCAGCCAAAGUCAAGUUGAAGAUGGAGCGACAGGCGGUGCGGAGGGAACAGCAACAGCGCCAGCUGCCAACGCCACCACCAAAACAACGAAGGCGACGCAUGGCGACAGUGACGGCGGCAGCGCGGCCUCGCACUGCACCUCCCCCUUUGCGCUUCUUCUGCUUUUUGCGUGUGCGGUGUCUGCUGCGAUGACGGCAGCGUGA